AACUGACGACACGUUGGGACGAAAAGCAUGGCGGACGAGGAGAGCGUGAAGCCAAACACAGACGAAACACUCGAAGGUUCGAGCAGCGAUGAAGGAAGCGAUCACGGUGAUGGCGGAGAAAACGACGAGACGGUGAAGAGCUUCAAGGAUCUGGGUGUUACUGAGGUUCUCUGUGAGGCUUGUGAUCAGCUGGGAUGGAAGAGCCCCACGAAGAUCCAGGUAGAAGCUAUACCGGUGGCUCUGCAAGGGAAGGAUGUUAUUGGCCUGGCGGAGACUGGUUCAGGAAAGACCGGUGCCUUCGCUCUGCCUAUCCUCCAGUCGCUGCUGGCCUCCCCCCAGAGGCUUCACACGCUUGUUCUCACCCCCACCAGAGAGUUGGCAUUUCAGAUCUCUGAGCAGUUUGAGGCCCUGGGCUCCAGUAUCGGCGUUAAGUGUGCCGUGAUAGUCGGUGGAAUCGACAUGAUGUCCCAGUCCCUGGUGUUAGCGAAAAAGCCGCACAUCGUUAUUGCCACGCCCGGUCGUUUGAUCGAUCACCUUGAGAACACAAAGGGCUUCUCUCUACGAGCGCUGAAGUUCCUGGUCAUGGAUGAAGCAGACAGAAUCCUCAACAUGGACUUCGAAACUGAGGUGGAUAAAAUCUUGAAGGUGAUCCCAAGAGAAAGACGCACUUUCUUGUUCUCGGCUACCAUGACCAAAAAGGUCCAGAAACUAGAGAGAGCAGCUUUGAAAGAUCCUGUGAAGUGCGCAGUGUCUACGAAAUACUCCACAGUAGACAAACUGCAGCAGUACUACAUCUUUAUACCAUCUAAGUACAAGGACUGCUACCUGGUUUCCAUCCUGAACGAGCUGGCUGGGAACUCCUUUAUUAUUUUCUGCAGCACAUGUAACACAGCCCAGCGGGUGGCGCUGUUGUUAAGGAACCUUGGCAUCACUGCUAUCCCUCUACAUGGGCAGAUGAGUCAGAAUAAACGUCUUGGAGCUCUGAACAAGUUCAAGUCCAAGUCUCGGUCAGUGCUGCUGGCGACUGACGUGGCAUCCAGAGGACUGGAUAUUCCUCAUGUCGACUGCGUCAUCAACUAUGACAUUCCCACUCACUCUAAGGACUAUAUUCACAGGGUUGGCCGAACAGCCAGAGCAGGACGAUCUGGAAAAUCCAUCACUUUCGUCACUCAGUAUGAUGUGGAGCUUUUCCAGCGAAUUGAAAGCUUGAUUGGGAAGAAACUUCCAGCCUUUCCAACCCAAGAGGAGGAAGUGAUGAUGCUGGUGGAGAGGGUGAGCGAGGCCCAGAGAUUUGCCAAAAUAGAAAUGAAGGAGCAAGGCGACAAAAGGAAAAGGCCAAAAAGAGGGGACGGAGACGAUGAUGACACGGAACAGGCGACCGGCGUGAGGAAGAAGGUUAAAGGAGGAGGAGGAGGAGGGAAGAAGCGUGGCGGAGGAGCCUGGAGGGGCGGACGCUGAAGAGCCCCAACAUUAACAGACUGUACAGAACUAUGACAUACAACGCCUUUACCGUCUUUUGAAAACUUCAUUGUUAUGACACCAUGUUUUCCACUGCUUCGUUAGUAAAGUGAAUGACUAUUUAAUUACAGAAAACACAUGUUUUUCUCGCCCCUGGUGACAUGUUUCCAUUUGUAAUAAA